AUGAUGAAUGGAAGUUCGACUUCUCUCAAUAAUUUCUAUAAUAGAUCAUCAUUACUUCGAGUGUUUCUUAUAUUCGCCGUCGCUUUUCUUCUCUCAUAUUUAUUUAUCUACAAAAUUGAUGUGAAAACUCCGAUAAUCCUGACUCGAAACAUACUGAUCUCAUUUUCUAACUCCAGUCGCCACAAACUGUCGAAUAUUUCUAAAUCUCAAACGGAUAAAAUUAAUGGAAUCAAUUCUUCUGUUGGAAAUAUUGUUAAUCAACCACCAGAUAAUGUCAAAACGAAUAGUUCUUGGCAACCAAAGGAAGCGUUUGUAACGUUUAGUAAUAAUCACCCAAGUUAUUUGGCAUUACUGAAAGUAUUCUUAGAUUCUGUUCACGCAUUUUCGACUCGACCGGUUAUUGCCUUUGGUAUUGAUGUAGAUCUUGAUAUUGAUCCGAAACAAUAUCCUCGGGUAAUCAAAAGACGUAUUUCACAAAAAGAUUGUGGACCGUCGGUCUAUUUUUGUAAGAUACACGCAAUUGUUAGCAGCAAUGUUGAUUACGGUGUUUUAAUGGAAACCGAUGAUGUUGUGAAUUACAAUGUUGAUAUUCUUUUCGAAGUUCUUCACGUUUGGCCUUAUCCAUUACCGAUUUCUCCACGUCAUCCAACCGAUCCGAGGAAUUGGGGGCACUUCGCUCGACAAUUCAAUGUAUCAAGAGCAACCACACCAUACAUUCAUGCACAUAUCAUUUGGAACUAUCGUGCUCUUCCAUUUCUCAAAACUCUUCAUUCACUUUUAAGACAAGGCCAUUUCCAAGGAUCAAACUUCGACGAAACAGCUGUGAAUGUCAUGCUGUGGAGAGCUGGAGCGAAUCAUACCAUGUGUAAAUAUGAUCCUUAUUUUACAUAUUCUGAUGCCUAUGAACGAUGGCCGAAUAUCACGAAUUGUACUGAAUUUUGUCACACAGCGUUUAUUACUUUACACGGUUGUAAAGAUGCGAAGAUCUCCGCUGCACUAUUAACUCGACUUAAAGCAAAUGCUGGUAAACCUACUGUUCAGUUGUUCGGAAUAGGUGGAAUGAGACAUAUUAAUGAUACAACUGCCACUUGUUGUUAUCCUGAUAGUAAACGUUCACCAAUUCAUCCGUUGUUGUGUGAACACCAAUGA